AGUUCCUCUGUUCUGUGAUGUGUAGGGGGUCCAGUACGGUCCAGUCACACAGACCUGCGUCUAAACAGCAGGAAAAACUUCAGCAGAGACGUGUCUUCUGAAAACGAGCUUUUCACACUGUUCUCCAGACUCGGAUCAGGAGCGGAGCACUUCUGGAAGCGCGCGAACAUGGACGAUCUAGACGCAUUGCUUGCAGAUCUUGAGUCUUCCACAGCCCAUAUCUCCAAGUGCCCAGUGUUUCUACCCGAGGAGACGCCAUAUUCCUUUCCCACUGGUGGACACCUCUUCCAGGAUGAAUCUCCUCCUCCGCCCCUGCCCCCUCCUCCCUCAGCGGAGGCCCUGAACGGAUCGCUGUCCCCGCAGCAGGACUCCCAACACUCCUCACAACAGUCUCUGGGCUCUGGUCCUAAAAGCACGUUGUCUCGGGACAGCAGUCCUCCAGCCUCGCAUACAGAAGAAGACCACGUCUAUAGUUUUCCUAACAAGCAGAAGCGUUCAGACUCUUCGGCCGCAGCUAUGACUUCUGCCCUGGGCAGCAACUUGUCUGAACUGGACCGCCUUCUUCUGGAGCUCAAUGCUGUACAGCAAAAUGUCCCAUCUUACUCCACAACAGAAGAUGCUGCACCUCCAUUGCCGCCCUGCAGUGUUGCCCACUAUAUCCAGGAAAAUGGCGCCCACCCAGGCAUCGCACUGACACCGGCAGCCCAGGACAAGCCUCAGAGGAAUGGUACGAAGGGGACAGAAGAUGGCCGUUCCACUGUAGAAAGUCUUCUAAAUGAGUUGGAGAGCUCUGUGCCUUCCCAAACGCCAAACCCCUGUGCUCUGACGAGAGUAUUGACGGACGGACAGGUGGACACAGCUUCCGAGCAGCAGGGCAGAAUAUCAGCCACCUCCGCUACACGAGAACUAGAUGAGCUCAUGGCCUGCCUGUCAGAUUUUAAGCCAAGUUCACUGGGUUCCCUGAACUCUGAGUUAAUGUUUGAGCAAACUUCUACAGUCGCUGAAAUCCACCCUCCCCAUACAACUGCCGUGUCCAAAUCCCUGUCCCCUAAUUGUACCCAAUAUUAUCCAAGUCUCUCCCCUCUUUCAAACUUUGAUCUGCACAUUGUGGAGGAUUCUGGUGAACCGGGGGCUCCACCUCAACCAUCGAGUGUUGUCCCAAAGCCUUACUCUCAACUGUCUCCACCUGUAGCAUCCAGUCCUCGUUGUUCUCCAGUACCUGACCUGGACUUGGAUUCUUCCAUUGAGGUUUCUGCUUCCCUGCUCUCCUCCCAGGUGGAGUCUCUAGUGGCUCUGUCUCAGACUAUAACCACGACUUCCACAUCUGGAGAUGGGGACAUGUGUAGUAUCAGGGAGAGAAGUCCUUCUGCCAAAUUGCCAAACACUGGGCUGAAGUCCUAUUUACCUAUUAUCAAGUCUCCUAGUCCAACAAGUGCCCCAGCGGUCAGCAGAUCCAAUGAAAGAGUUAGUCCAUUGUUGACACCAGCAUCUAUUCAUCUGUAUCUCUCUAGCUCUGAAGCAAAACCUAUGAGUCCAGUCCCAUCUCUUCCUAUAUCUCCUCUUCCUGCAGUCUCUGAAUCACCAUCUCUGUCUCUUCCCAAAGCUGUUUCAACCCCUCCAGUCCUGUACUCUUCUUCGUCUGUAGUGGUUCCCAAUUCCCCAAGCCCAAAACCAUUAUCGGGACAGUCUGAUUCAACUGUUUCUCUCAAACCCCUUCCUCCCACUUGGCUUGAAUCCGCAACCUAUGAGCCAUCUCUUGAUGAUGCCUUGGAUAACCUUCUUGCCAUGAGCUUCAGCAGGCCUGAGAACGAGGCUCCAAUCACAGCAUCAACUGCCUCACAGCUUGCUUCAGAAGGGCAAUCAGAAGUUUACGAGGAGACAAGAGUUGCAGCCGAUCGCAGCAACAUUUAUCCUGACAUUCACACAGAAAGUGAAGUUGGGGAUGGGCUCUUGGAGGAUCAGUCGGACUGCAGGAGUGAUCUUGACUGGGCUGACAUGGAACUGAAGAUGGCCUAUGAAGGACCAGAUGGCUCCUUGACCCCCAUGACUGAGGCAAGCUGGAUGGAUGACUCCCUCACUCCGUCAUCUUGCCCUGGAACCCCAGAUGCCCAGAUGGACAUUCCCAUGCUCCAUAUGGCUGGCACGGUAGACAGGAUCUCAGCCUCUGGACAUAUCAAAUCAGUUAUUAGACGUACCAAGGAGAUUCAAAACGUCCACCCCAUGUACCGAGAUGGCCUGAUACGUAGGAAGAUGGCCCCCCUGAUUUUCCACAAGAGCAACUCCCAGGACCGGCUCAUUGAGGAACUGCAAGGCAAGCUGGGAAUUGCCCAUAAGGAUCGUCCAAAAAAGCAGCAGCCAGAUGAUUGGCUCACAGAAGGCGUCAUUGUCAUGUCCAACCCCAAGCGCUCACGGGAAGACCACAACAGGGAGGUGGAUAAGAUAAUCAUACCUCCCGAGUCUCCUCUUCCACAGAGGAAGGUGAUUCCACCUCCCAAGUCUCCCCCAAUCCCUCGCCCCCCUCCCCCUGCUGAAGAACCAAAGCGCCCCUCUCCGGUCAGAUUAGCUCCUGUCCCUGUACCUCCACCCCCACCACCUGCCCCCUCCCCACCUCUAAUAGAGCCCAUGCCUCCUCCCCAGCCAACACCACCUCCAGUUCCAUCCAAGCCCCUGACCCCUGAACCUGUGGAGGUUCCAGCUUUUUCCCCAAAGCCCAACCCUGCACCCCAACCCACACCCACCCCACCACUUUCCCCUGUGGCACCACCCAAAGUGCUGGUGUCAGUUGGCUGCCAGACGGAGUAUGACCCAUUCUUCCCUCCACUGCAGAUUAUGUCCCAGGGAAAGGGUCCGCAACCACAGGUUAAUAAACUGGACAACAUGCUGGGCAAUCUUCAGUCUGACCUCCACAAGCUGGGAGUGCAGACAGUUGCUAAGGGAGUGUGUGGCGCCUGCUGCAAACCCAUUGUUGGCCAGGUGGUAACUGCCAUGGGGCGCACAUGGCAUCCAGAGCAUUUUGUGUGCACGCACUGCCAGGAAGAGAUUGGUUCCAGAAACUUCUUUGAGAGGGAAGGACAGCCAUACUGCGAGAGAGAUUACCAUCAUUUAUUCUCUCCGCGCUGCUUCUACUGUAACGGACCCAUACUGGAUAAAGUGGUGACAGCGUUAGAUCAAACAUGGCAUCCUGAGCACUUUUUCUGUGCUCAGUGUGGGGCGUUCUUCGGUCCUGAAGGAUUUCAUGAGAAGGAUGGAAAGGCGUACUGUCGUAAAGACUACUUUGACCUCUUUGCUCCUAAAUGUGGAGGCUGCGCUCGUGCCAUCCUGGAGAAUUACAUCUCUGCCCUGAGCGCCCUCUGGCACCCUGAGUGUUUUGUGUGCAGGGAGUGCUUCACACCCUUCAUCAACGGCAGUUUCUUCGAGCACGACGGUCAGCCGUACUGUGAGGUUCAUUAUCACGCCCGCCGCGGGUCGCUGUGUUCCGGCUGUCAGAAACCCAUCACGGGCCGCUGCAUCACAGCCAUGGGCAAGAAGUUUCACCCUGAGCAUUUUGUCUGUGCCUUCUGCCUCAAGCAGCUCAAUAAGGGCACCUUCAAAGAGCAGAACGACAAGCCUUACUGCCAGGGCUGCUUCAUCAAGCUCUUCAGCUAGAAAGAUGUCUGACUGACUGACUGAGUGUGUGUGUGUGUAAGUCUGCAUAUUGUAUUGUUUGCCUCUCUUGUGUGUAUGUUUGUAUUUGAUAAUCAGGUUCUUGACGUCCCCACAUGUCAUUGCUGGUCAGAUUAAAACGUUGGUGCCAAUAGUACGUGCUCUCAAAAGCCAGGUUGUUUUUAGAGGAAAGUUCAGCUGAGACCGUUGAGUUCUUUUUAGAGAAAGUGUGUGAAUGUGUUCUGCUCACUGGAUGAGCUGGAGACACACUGUUUGAUGAUGAGAACAGUUCAGGAGGGAUGAUGGGAAAUAUGUGCAGUGUGAACGUAUGAGACACAAUCAGUAGAGGUAAAUGAAAACAGCUAAACGAAUAACCAACUGGAGCCAUUCAUUACUGCUGACUUUCAUGAAUUAAUUCAGGUCAUAUAUCAAUCAAUAAGAAAUUAUAUUUUUCAAUAAAAACAUUUAAGCCAUUUUAAGAAUAUAUAUAUAUAUAUAUAUAUAUAUAUAUAUAUAUAUAUAUAUAUAUAUAUAUAUAUAUAUAUAUAUUCAUAUAAAAUGUUGCAUUGUGACAUUACUUUCAGAAAAAAUUGACACAUUUUCUACCUUGUUUUUCAAUAUUGUGUUACAAAUAAAAUCUAAUUCUCAUUACUGUAAUAUGAUGAAAUAAUAUUCUGUCCAAUAGCUAUUUUUUUCAUAUAAUUAUUAACAGUAUUAUUACUGUAUUUCUUUUUUUUUUUUUUUUUUUACUAAUAAUAUUCAGAAUGGUGUUGUUGUUGUUGUUGUUUUUAAACUAUAAAUCCUUCAUUGUUAUUAUUCCUAAAACACAAAAUAUAAUUUAUUGUUCUUUCUUUUUAUCUAGGUGUGAAAUAUGGCCCUGAAAUAUUUUUACUAUGAAAACAUCUAGCGUUAAAUUUCACCUCAAAGAAUUGCUACUUUUAGUGCCUUGUUUUGUAACACAAGUUUAACUGAAUUUAAAAGUAUAUCAAACAUGUAGUUUUGAAUACAAGAUAUAACAUGAAGUUUUAAUUGAGAGACUAAAGUUUAGAUUAUUCCUCAUGAAGUCUGUGGAGUCAUUUCUAAUGAUUAGUUGAAUUAUUACUGACAUCUGGAGCCCAUAGAUAUGAAUGUAUCCUACUGUUAAUGCUCACUUUUCCCGCCGUAUGCGUGGAAUUCAUGGGAGUUUAUGCAUCUCAUCUCAAAGUGUUAUUUUAUUAAAGGAAUAUAUGGGAUUAAAUAGACACAGGAUAUCAUUUCUACCUGUUCUUUCAUUUCUUAAAUCAAAGGCAACAACCUGUUUACAGUUUUCAAAGUAUAGCCACGACAUUGGUUUCACAACACAUAUUUCCUUAAUUUUAACGUUCUGGUGUCAAUAGAAUAUAAUAUUUAACCCAGAAUAUUCCAGACUAGUCCUCUUUAGGAAUUUUUGUAGUAAGAAUGACUGAUGAUUCGAAUGAUCCACUCGAAGGAACAGUUCAUAGUUGAAAAUGUGUGUUUGUUUCUUCAUCAGAUUUGGUGAAUGGGUGCCGUCAGAAACAGCUGAUAAAAACAUCACAAUAAUCCACAGCACUCCGGUCCAUCAGUUAACAUCUGGAGAAGACAAAAGCUGUGUGUUUGUGAGAAAUUGUAACUUUUUAACUCCUCGAUCUGUGCAUUUUUCUCUCCUGAUUUAGACGAGAUGGCAUUUUCAAUUCAGGAAGGACGCGUUAUUAUGAUUUGUUUCUUACAAACGCGCAGCUUCUGUCUUCUCCAGAUGUUCACUGAUGGACUGGAGUGGAUUAGUGAUGUUUUUAUCAGCUGUUAGGACUCUCGUUCUGACGGCACCCAUUCACCGCAGAGCAUCCGUUUGCUGAGACACUGAUGCAAUGCUACAUUUCUCCAAACCUGAUGAAGAAACAAACUCAUCCUAAUCUUGGAUGGCCUGAAGAUGAGCACUCUUUCAGCAUAUUUUCAUUUUUGGGUGAACUACUCCUUUAACAGAAAUCAAAGAUGUGAUAUUGUUCAUCUAAAUAGCUGUGACAAUAUUGUGCAAUUCUCAACCUUUGAUUUCAGUAUAUUGAUUUGAUUGCAAGUGAGUAUCUUUUAUUGUCUUGCUCAUUCUCAGAGAAAAUGUAAGACCAUAUUAUAACUGCUGUAUUAUGAUAUUGUGAAAUACUAUACUAAUUAUUUUCUCUCUCUUUAAGAUUAUUAUUGUUUUUCUUCAGUUUUUCAUAAAAGUCUUAAAUGUCUUUCAAUCCUGUUAAAGGGUGAGUUUUGAAAACUCGUGGUGUUAUGAAGGGGUGACUCGAUGAAGACUUUCUUAUAUUUUUAGAAAUGUGUUGUCACUGGAAAUAGAAGUGAUUUUCAGAUUAAGAAUAUUGAAUAUAAACAGUCCCUGGUGUGAUUGCAAACUGCAAAUAUGAUAUGUUGGAUUCAUUGGACAAAUACACCAGCAAGUGUUUAUUACACGAAAGCUUUUAUAUGACCCGAUGCACCAGAGAUCUGUACAUGUCAUUCUGUCUCAUCUUUGACGCUACUUUGAAAGUAGAAGACACUUGUUUUGAUUUGAUUCACUUUGAAUAUGCCUUCUUUGAUAACUCUGUUGUGAUAAUCUGUCGCUGUUUUGUUUGGCUCCUAAUCGCUAUGUGCCAAAAAAUAUAUAUAAUCUAGGGAUCAUAUGAUAUCCUUAUGUGUUUUAAUCACACAUUUACACUGGUCCAAUGUUGUGCCUUUGUUUAUUUUGGGAUUUUCUAUCUUAUAAAUUGAUCUGACGGUUUUCUAUUUCUGUUCAUAAAUCAUUAUAUCAGUGUCCCUUUUCAAAUAUUAUCAUUUACUUAAUGUGAAAACAGCUAUGCAUCAUUUUUUCUCUCUUUCUUGUAACACUGUCACAUCUUGUUCUGUGAGUAUUGGAUACUGUUUCAAUUCAUGCAGAUAUAUACAAAUAAAUUUGGUUGUUUAAUGCACUGAA